CUUCCUUCGGGUGUAGCAGGUUGUAUCGCGUGAGGGCCGCAGCCAAUGAGGAGGCGGAAGUGACGGCCUGCUCGCCGCUACCGGCAGCCUCUGUGAGGGUGAGGCCGGAGUGGACUUCUCUUCUGGAGCGGCUGGUCCCUCGCUUCUCAGGUACCGCCGAGAACUCAGGUGGGACAGAGAUUUUCUCCCCAGCACUAAGGCUGAACUGUACCAUUUAGAAUGGAAGCUAAUGCAUCUGUUGACAUGUUUUCAAAAGUCCUGGAGAAUCAAUUGCUUCAGACUACCAAACUAGUGGAAGAACAUUUGGAUACUGAAAUUCAGAAACUGGAUCAGAUGGACGAGGAUGAAUUGGAACGCCUCAAAGAAAGGAGACUCGAGGCACUCAGGAAAGCUCAACAUCAGAAACAAGAAUGGCUUUCAAAAGGGCAUGGGGAAUACAGAGAAAUCCCUAGUGAGAGAGACUUUUUUCAAGAAGUGAAGGAGAGUAAAAAAGUGGUUUGCCAUUUCUACAGAGACUCCACAUUCAGGUGUAAAAUACUAGACAGACACUUGGUGAUACUGUCCAAGAAACAUCUUGAGACCAAAUUUUUGAAGCUGAAUGUGGAAAAAGCACCUUUCCUUUGUGAGAGACUGCGUAUCAAAGUCAUUCCCACACUAGCACUGGUAAAAGAUGGAAAAACACAAGAUUAUGUUGUUGGAUUUAGUGACCUAGGAAAUACAGAUGACUUCACCACAGAAACUUUAGAAUGGAGGCUUGGUUGUUCUGAUAUUCUUAAUUACAGUGGAAAUUUAAUGGAGCCACCAUUUCAGAGCCAGAAGAAAUUUGGAACAAACUUCACAAAGCUGGAAAAGAAAACUGUCCGAGGAAAGAAAUACGAUUCAGAUUCUGAUGAUGAUUAGAGAUCAGUUAUUAUUCUCUGUAAAUUGUCUUUUUAUUUCUGCCUACUUCAGAAUUAAAUCUGUUGUCUAAA